AUGCUUUCAUCAAAUGCAAAAAUUUUCGAAAUACAAUCUCCACCUACAGAUACCGUCUCAGAGUUCUCAUUUAGUACAUUACAUAACAUGAUGAUAGCAUCAAGCUGGGAUGGAAGUAUUUCUUUAUAUAAUCCUAUUUCUCCUAACGGUUUUAUGAAAAAUAUACAGUAUUCUAAACCGAUGCUUUCAUGUUCUUUUAGUAAGGAUACGCCUGUUCAUUGUUUUGGGGGUAGUGCGGACGGUACCCUACACUUUAUAGAUUUGGAGAAGGGAAUUUCAAAUAACUUUAAAGCGCACAAUGAUGGAAUAAAAAGUGUUAGAUCGUUAUAUAAUUCAGUUAUUACUGCCAGUUGGGAUAAAACUAUAAAAAUAUGGGAUACAAGAUCUGCGCAAUGUACGAAAACAAUUGAGUGUGAUGGUAAAAUUUAUUGUAUGGAUUUACAGAAUAAUUUAUUAGCUUAUGGUACAUCUACUAAUGCUAUGUAUAGUUGUAAUAUUAACAAUAUGGAUAAUAAAAAGAAACACACACCAAGAUUUAGUUACAUGAUAAAAUGUCUUAAUGUUGGAUCUGAUGACAAAAAUGUACUUGUAGGAAGCAUUGAAGGAAAGUGUGAAAUGAUUAAUACUACUUCUAUUUAUAACGGUAUUACAUUUAGAAGUCAUAGAAAGGAUACAAAAGUUUAUUCUGUGAAUACAGUAAGUAUCUUUCCUAAGAAUUCUAAUAUUCUAGUUACAGCAGGUGGAAAUGGUGAUUUGAUUUUUUACGAUAAUUUAAGUCGAGUAAAGACUUUUACAAAAACGGAAGAUCUUCCUGUUACUGCUGGUGGAUUUAGCACCGAUGGUAAAUUAUACGUAUAUGGGCUUGGGGAUGACUGGUCUACAGGGUAUGAUGGUGUGUUUAGAAAAACGUCUAUUAAAGUAAUGGAAGUUAACUCGCUUGGAAUUAAAAUAUAA